AAAAAAAGUUGAUCUUAAAUUUUUCAUAAAGCUUUAGUUUUAGGAACUAAAUAUGAGAUAGGAUGACGCUUUAUUCUGACGUAUAUAUUGUACUAUAUUCAAGGUCCUCUUUCUGCGAACCUUCAGAACUUGAAUUCAUUGCAUCCACUCAAGUCAACACAUUCAUACAGAUGUAUAAUGUAUAUAUAUGAAGAUAAGAUGCAAACACUAAGGACAAGAGAAGUAUAAUCAUAUAAUAUUUCUUCUAUUCCAUGGCAAGUAAUGAUCAACAUGUACAUCAGAGAAAAGGGCUUAAAGCAUGUGGUGGUUUUCUGACGUGCUUUUCUGCCAAUGCCAGAAAUGAACAGCAGCAAUCCGUACAUGAUCAUGUCGACAACAACACUGAGGAUAUCAUAAGAGGAAGAAGAGUGGCUUCCACGACAGCAGUCGAUGAAAAGCAUCUCGCUAAAAUCGCAGAUGCAUUCAAAGAGCUAGCAAAUGCCAUCGUCAACGAAAAUAUGAUCGAGGUUGCUGCUUUUUCCCGUGCAUGUUCUUUUGUAGCUCCCCUUUUUGGUAGUGUUGGCUUUCAUUUCCAGUUCAUUGAGAUGGAUUACGUUACCAAGGUUAAUGACAUAGCAGAGGCAUCAAAGUCUUUCAAAACAUUACAAUCUAUGGUUGAUCAAGAUGUACAAACUAAUUCUGUAAGAAAACAAGGGAGCCAUUCCAGAAAUCUUUUGAAAAUAAAACGUGGACUAGAAUUUCUCAAGGUGCUAUUUGAACAAGUUCUACUCACAGAGGGAAAUUCUAUGAAGGAUGCAGUUUCUAAGGCUUACACACAGAUAUUUAAUUCAUAUCAUGGUUGGGCUCUCAGAAAGGCUGUUGCUGUAAGGUUACAUUACCUCCCUACAAAGCAGCAGCUAUAUAGGAAACUCAGGGAAGAUGAAUCUUCAGCAAAGGUCCUAAUGGAAACUUAUAUAUCAGAAUCCCCGCCUCUACUCCGAUACAUCGAGAAGAUCUUUCUUGAAAGAGAAUUGGGUAUAGAUUGGUGAACCUUCUAAGUGGAUGUGUUUUUUCAUUGAGUUGAGUAUGUAAUAAAGAAGUGUUUUUGUUUGGAAUCUUUUUGAUAGAGUAAUUAAUUUCUUUGGUUUGUAACAACCAUUUUUGCUGUAAUUGAAUGAGCAUCAUUUUUUGUG